ACUACUAUAAAUAGAAACCAACGCCUUCCCCUGUCUUUCUUUAAACUCUCCUUCCGCCGCCUCAUCUGUAUUGCAGCUCGGCCACCUCUCGACCGUUCGAUCUUUCAACAUUACAAAUUUCAUGGAUCACGAGAACGGAGCUGUGGCGGUGGAGAUGCUAUCCGAUGAUUUCGAUCCCACGGCUGUGGUUGCGGAGCCUUUGCCUCCGGUUGUAACCAGCACCGACGACUGCGAUCUCCUCGGAAAAUUGGCCGAAGACCGCAAAGGUAGCCGGGAGAAACAGAUGGUUCUCGGCCGGAACGUGCACACCACGUGCCUCGCCGUGACGGAGCCCGAAUCCAACGACGAUUUCACCGGCGAUAAGGAGGCGUACAUGGCCAGCGUCCUCGCCCGCUACCGCAAAACCCUCAUCGAGAGGACCAAGCACCAUCUGGGUUAUCCUUACAAUUUGGACUUCGACUAUGGUGCUCUGACGCAGCUUCAGCAUUUCUCCAUCAACAAUUUGGGCGAUCCGUUUAUCGAGAGCAACUACGGUGUCCAUUCAAGGCAGUUCGAGGUCGGUGUUCUCGAUUGGUUUGCUCGGUUGUGGGAGAUUGAGAAGAAUGAGUAUUGGGGAUACAUCACCAAUUGCGGCACGGAAGGCAAUCUUCACGGAGUCUUAGUUGGGAGAGAAGUAUUUCCAGAUGGGAUUCUGUAUGCUUCUCGAGAAUCGCAUUAUUCGAUAUUUAAAGCUGCCCGAAUGUAUAGAAUGGAAUGCGAAAAGAUUGAUUGUCUGAUCUCUGGUGAGAUUGAUUGUGCGGAUUUUAAAACUAAACUUCUUGCUCACCAGGAUAAACCCGCCAUCAUCAACGUUAAUAUUGGAACUACUGUCAAAGGAGCUGUUGACGACCUGGAUCUCGUCAUACAGACCCUUGAAGAAUGUGGAUACAAGCAAGAUCGUUUCUACAUUCACUGCGACGGAGCAUUAUUUGGACUUAUGAUGCCUUUUGUCAAACGUGCACCAAAAGUUUCGUUCAAGAAGCCCAUUGGGAGUGUCAGCGUUUCUGGUCACAAGUUUGUUGGAUGUCCAAUGCCUUGUGGUGUUCAGAUAACAAGGCUGGAGCACAUUAAUGCCCUUUCAAGGAAUGUAGAAUACCUAGCUUCGAGGGAUGCCACAAUCAUGGGAAGCCGGAACGGUCAUGCUCCAAUUUUCUUAUGGUACACGCUCAACAAAAAAGGUUACUCGGGGUUCCAAAAAGAAGUCCAGAAGUGUCUUAGAAAUGCUCACUACCUGAAGGGCCGCCUUCGUGAUGCUGGAAUCAGUGCCAUGCUGAACGAGCUAAGUAGCACAGUGGUGUUUGAGCGGCCUAAGGAUGAAGAGUUUGUUCGUAGGUGGCAGUUGGCUUGCCAAGGAAAUAUUGCGCAUGUUGUGGUGAUGCCAAGUGUCAACAUCGAAAAGUUGGACGAUUUCUUGAAUGAACUAGUUGAAAAACGCUCAACUUGGUACGACGAGAAAGUUCAGGCUCCAUGUAUUGCAGCUGAUGUAGGAACCGAGAAUUGUUCCUGCGGGCAGCACAAAUGAUACAAGUUUUCGCACUGAGCUGUUGUAUUGUUGUUAGUGUUUUGUUCCGAAGGGUUUUCGCCCUUGGCUCGUAGAAUGCUUAAUCUAUUCGUCGGAUUUAUGUUGUUGCCUUAGAACGCUUUUGAAAAUGAAAAUUCUUGUAUCAGGACACUGCUCUUACGGUGUUUAACUGUUACUCGAUGCAUAAUGCAGCGGUCUCACUUCUAUUGGUUUCAAAUCCGCAGGGAUCAAA